UGCCCGGCGGGCCGCGCUUGCGUCGUAGUAGGGCCGACUCCUACCGUGGCGCCACCGCCCCUUAAAAACUAGAGCCCGCUGCGCCGCCCUCGCCAGAACAGAGCCCAUCGUGUGACGUGUGACGCUGCCCGUGCGAGACCGUGCAUCUUGUAGACCUGCGAGCCCUGACCAGAGGACACCCAACCGGCUGUUGCGAAACCGGGAGGAAUCUGUUUGGUGGUGCAGAGUAGACCCCCUUCUGGGUAGGAGAGAGAGUGAGGGACCCCUCCGGCAGUUGUCGCUUUUAACUUUUCUUUGAGGUCGUCCGGCUUGUCCGCCCAGCGGUCAAGCGAUUAUUCGGUGCCAAGACGAGUACGCACACCAUGACCUCGAUGUUCCAGACGCGCCUGACGAUGGCGCCAUCACCGACCCCGUCCCAUUCCAAGAGGCUGGACAAGAAGAAGUUCACGCACGUCUCCAGCGAGGUGAUCGCCCGCGGCGAACACAUGUCGCUCGCCAAGUACAAGUACGUCGACGCCACCGGCAGUCAAAAGAUCUGGGAGGUGGCCGAACGAUGCCAGAAGGCCAAGAGCAGCGAGUCUGACUCUGUCUGCGCGAUUCCAACCCUGCGCCGCAUGCUCAAGUACGACUGCCUGGUUCUCGUCAAGCAGUACAGGCCUUCCAUGAAAGCCUUCACCCUGGAGUUCCCCGCUGGCGUCGUGGACCCGCCAGACUCUACGUCAGAACUCGCGGCUUUGCGCCGGCUCCACUCGCAGACAGGCUACACCUGCACCGGGCUCAAGAAGAUCAGCCCUCUGACGGCUUCUGACCCUGUCCACACGGCGUGCACCACGAAGCUCGUGUCGGUCGAGAUCAACGGUGAUGAUCUCCGCAACCUCAACGCCCAGCAGAAGUUCGGCGAGGGAGAGUUCUACGAAGUUGUCCAGGUUCCCAUGAACGACGUUCUUAAGCGGUUAAAUGAAUACAGCGAGGACGGCUACGUGAUCGACUCUCGCGUCUACACCUUCGCCCUGGGCCUGUCCAUGGGCCUUAAAAUGGGCGCCGAGCAGAACGGCGACAAGGAGGACGACGUCCAGAUAGUGACCAACAUCAUCGACAUCGACCACUAGACGCGCGACGCCCCGUCCCCACGUCUUCACCGGUGAUUUCGCCGCACUGCAAUCCGAAAGCCCCAAGUUUCCCGUGGCGUGGACAAGCAUGGAAUGGUGCUGCCGCAAGCCUCCAUGUCACUAAAGAAGUUCUGACCGUGCGUUCAACUUGGGGGGGAUAUGUUCAGCAGCCAGUAAACUUUUCACAUAUGGCGUGUAACACAGGUCACCCGGAAUUAGCUAUUUAAGAAAAUCCUAUUCUGAUCGUAGCAGGACAGUGCUAGCAAUAAUGUAGAUGUAACCACUACUCUCUACCUUUCGUCAGAGUACAGAGAUAGAUUUGAAAUUGGGGAAGUCUUCCAUGCGGCAGAAGGAACCGUGGAGCGUUUAUGUAUUACGUUGGUUUUCGUGAAAUGUGAGUGUUGUGCAGUGCAUGCCGUGUAUGUAUGUAUUGAUAUUUCGAACCCACGGACAUUUUUUUUCAUUCUGCUGUUGUAAUUAUUAUUUUAUUGCCCCCUUAUGCUUUGUUGUUAUGGUACCUGAAACUCACUCUUUCCUUUGAAACGCGCACACUAUAUUUUUUUUAAUAGCCGUCAAAACUCUGGGAACACCGAGGGGAAUGGUGAUAAAUAAAAAAUUAGUUAUCGAACCACUGAGUAGAUUGUUAGCACCAAAUAUAGUGAAUGGUGUACGAAUGUAUUGAGACGGUAAAGAUGACAAGCCACAAUCUGUGGCAAAGUAUUCUGUCCGGCUUGAUUGAUCUUAUAGUUUGGUGAUCGACUUGUCGCCAGCUAUUUGAAUGCACGCUUGGUAAAUUUUCGCGAUCAUGAUGCCUUCUCUCCCUCCAGGUGUGUCUCAGAUCUGACACCAAAGCGCCAUAUCUGUACGUCGUUGAAUAAAGAGUGAUGUUAUCAUUUAUCGA